AUGCUUGCCACCUAUCUACCUGGAAUACAAAUUAGUUUGCACCCCGAAUUCAAUCAAGUGUCUGGCAACUUGCCAAGAGACCCGGAGGUUCGCUACGGCAUCGCAGCAGGCAACGUGGGCGGCGCCUUCUCGGUGGACGCGGAGACGGGCGACGUGCGCGUCGCCAGGCCGCUCGACUUCGAAACCCGCAGCAGGUACGAGCUGGUGCUGGCGGCGGUGUCUGCGGAGGGCCGCGUGGUGGGGCAGGCGACGCUGCUGGUGCGGGUGCGCGACGCCAACGAUCUGGCGCCAGCGUUCGAGCAGCCCGUGUACCGCGCCACCGUCCAGGAGGAGGACUCCACCCACCUGCCGCGCAGGAUUCUCACGGUGAAGGCGGUGGACGGAGACACGGAGAGGCCGCAGGAAGUGGUCUACUUCAUCACCGGGCCUGGCGUCAACCCCGACAACCCGUCGGCUGGCAACUUCCGCAUCGACCCUAACACAGGGGACAUAUUUCUUCUCAGGGCGCUGGACCGCGAUCCGCCGGAUGGGAGACCGCACUGGCGCUUCACGGCUUUCGCUCAGGACGAGGCGGGCCAGGGACUGGUGGGGUAUGCCGACGUCCACAUCGCCGUCACAGAUGUCAACGACAACGCGCCCGUCUUCCCGCAAGCGCUCUACUGGGGCUCCGUGACUGAGAACAGCUCAUCCGGGGAGAUAGUAGCCAACUUGACAGCUACUGAUAAUGAUGAUCCAGAUGAAGAAACUAAUGCAAAGAUAACAUACACUAUUGAGAAGAACGUCAUUGAAGAAGACAGUGGAAAACCAAUAUUUAAGAUUGAUCCUGACACCGGUUUCAUCAGGACAGCCAUAUGCUGCCUUGAUCGUGAACGCACUGCUGAGUACUCGAUUCAGGUUGUAGCUGUGGAUGGUGGAGGACUGAAAGGCACAGGUACAGUUUCCAUCUUGGUCAAAGAUGUCAAUGACAUGCCACCAGAAUUUACAAAGGCAGAAUGGAUUACUGAAGUUGACGAAACAGAAGGAUUAACUGUGCCAGAAGACACAAUUCUAACUGUUACUGUUCAUGAUCAGGAUGAAGUAAGCUCUUUGCAAUACAAGGUUGUUGAGAAUAGUGGCUAUGGCUCUGACAAAUUUGUACUGAUUCCAAAUUUUGAUGGAAGCGCAGCACUGAAAGCCAUUAAGCCAUUAGACUAUGAAGAAGGGAAAUAUAAUAAUUAUUUUAGGUUCAAAAUACAAGUUACUGACAAGGACACAAAUAAUGAUACUGAUGAGUAUCAUACCAGAUAUUCAUGGGUUGUGAUAAAAUUACGAGAUAUAAAUGACAAUCAACCAACAUUUGAGAACAGUAUACGUGAAGUUUCUGUUGAAGAGAACACAGAAGUUAAUACAUCUUUAGCUACAUUUAGGGCAACAGAUGCUGAUAAAGGAGGGAAAAGUAAAGUUAAUUACCAGAUUCAGCGCUCCUCUGAUACCAGGAAACACUUCCGAAUAGACCAACAGGGGACAGUCUAUCUACAACGUAACCUUGAUAGAGAAACAGUGCCUAGACAUGAGGUACGAAUUUUGGCAGUUGAUGAUGGAUUUCCACCAAAAACGUCAACAGCAACCUUGAUUAUACUAGUUAAAGAUAUAAAUGACAAUGCCCCUGUAUUCCAGCACAAUUACCAGCCUGUUGUACAAGAAAAUGCUUCUCCAGGAAUCAUUUUAGAAAUUUUUGCAAGUGAUGAAGAUGACAGUCAUAUUGGAAAUGGGCCACCUUUCACUUUUCAAAUGGCAGAUGAUGCAGAUGAUGCUAUAAAAUCCUCAUUUCUCAUUGAAAAUAUUCACAGUGGUGCUAAUGGAAAUGGCUCAGCUGUUGUAUCAUCUCUGCUGUCAUUUGACAGAGAAUCACAAAAGAAAUAUCUAAUUCCUGUAGUCAUUAAGGACUCAGGUAAUCCUGUAAUGUCUGGAACAUCGACUCUCACUAUCACAGUUGGUGAUGAGAAUGAUAAUUCUAUGGCUCCUGGAAACAAAGCGAUAGUUGUUUAUAAUUAUAUGGUACAUACCUCAGAAGCUGAAAUUGGCAGAGUUUUUGUUGAUGAUGCGGAUGACUGGGACUUUCCUGAUAAAAGGUUCUUUUGGCAUGGACAUCAGCCUGAUAAAUUUAUACUUGAUGAGAAAUCAGGAAUGAUAAAAAUCAAGAAAGGUAUAGAAGCAGGAAGAUACACCUUGCAAUUCAAUGUGUAUGAUCAUCAACAUGGUCAAGUUGACAUAUUGGCGAAUGUCUCAGUUAUUGUGAAAGAUAUUUCCUAUAAUGUAAUUGCCAAUUCUGGUUCAAUCAGAAUAUUAGAUUUGUCAGAUGAAAACUUCAUCAGGAAAAUCUUCAACAAGGCACCAGAAGAAUGGGCCCAGGAUGUGAAUGCACCAGGAAAACAAGCUGUUAGAGGCGUCACAGAAGGAAGAAUCACACUGGAAAAUUGCACAGAAAAUGCUGAGAAUAUGAGGCCAAAGCCCUGGGGCAAAGGCAGUAACAGGGUCAUGUGUGAAGACAUGGGAAUAUGGCAACCAGGAAGUGCAGUGUGGGAUCUAAUUCUUUCAGCAGGGGCAGACACCAGCUGGUCAUUGGAAUGUCAGCACAGUGCUGGCAGACAAUGGGAGAUGAGGGCUCAAACCAACAGCAGCCACUAG